CCUCCCUGCUGAACCGAGGAGAGAGGAGUCGCCUGAAAGCAACACGAUGAGCGCAGUAGCCAGCGGCAGUGAUGGGAUGUGUCACAUGACCGUGCUGGGAUCAGCUACACUCACUGUGCGUAUCCUCGUCUGCAGAUGUGACAGUGUGAGCUCAGUCAGUCAGGAGACCUCCUCCUCCUCCUCCUCCUCCUCCUCCUCCUCAGGCAGCGCACGAUGAUCCAAACCAUCAGCCUCUCGAACGACUCCAAACUGUGCAUGCGGAUUAAAUAACGCCGUCAGCUCCUGAGAGAAGAGCCGAGAGGUGUCUUUGUGCAGCAGGUCUGUUCAUCAGCUCCACUCGCAUCGCGGGCUCUGCCUGUUCUGGUCUGAGGGUGGGUGGGGUGGCGGGGGAUUACCCCUCAGUGUUCAACCAGCAGCUCACCUGCAGAGACCAAACAAAACCAUGCGCUCCCGGACUGCGCUCCCGCGGUUUACCUCCCUCCUGUAUCUCCUUACCCUCCCCCUUGUCUUCUCCUCCUCCUUUUCCCGACCCCAGUGGGUUCUCCAGCGUGUCCCUGUGGUCCUCCCACAGCAGACGGAGGUUCGACCAACCCCUCGCUUCCUGUCUCCGGCCCGCUUGGAUGUCAGCUCGCCCUGUGACCCUGAAUGCCACAAGAAAGCCCCUCGCCCGAGCUACUGGGACCUGCGGCAUUUCCUGGCCUAUGAGACACUUAACUCUGACGGCCAGCUCACCGAGACCGCCAUUGGGAUCUACGGCUACAACCCCACUUCAAACACCAGUCCGGCUUCCUCCUCGGGGUCGUCUGGGCGGGCUGAGCGGCCACACGUCAGGAGAAAGCGCCAGAUCUUUGGCCACGAUGGGCGUUUCAGCAUUGCCGGACAGGACUUUCUGCUUAAAUAUCCGUUCUCAGUGUCCGUGAAACUGUCCACUGGGUGUUCCGGUACGCUGGUGGGGGACCGUCAUGUUCUCACAGCAGCUCAUUGCGUUCACGACGGUAAAAACUAUGUGAAAGGAGCCCAGAAGCUUCGGGUUGGGUUUCUAAAACCCAAGCAACGAGAAACACAGUCGCCCUCCAUUUACCUUCGCUCAAACUUCACCAGCCACGUUAAGGGUGGCCCUGCUCCUUACGCCCCGCCAAAUAACGACAAAAUGAAGUUCCAGUGGAUCAGAGCCAGGCGCACCCACGUCCCCAAGGGAUGGAUUAAAGGGAACGCUAAUGACAUUGGGAUGGACUAUGACUAUGCGCUGCUUGAACUCAAGAAACCCCACAAACGCCGCCACAUGAAGUUAGGAGUGAGUCCCCCGGCUCAGAGGCUGCCCGGGCGACGGGUCCACUUCUCGGGAUUCGACAACGACCGCCCGGGCCAGCUGGUGUAUCGGUUCUGUCGGGCCGGAGAGGAGACGUCAGACCUGCUGUACCAGCACUGUGACGCACAGCCCGGUGCCAGCGGCUCAGGAGUCUACGCCCGGAUGUGGGAUGGCCGGCGCCAGCGCUGGGAGAGGAAGGUGAUAGGUGUGUUUUCUGGGCAUCAGUGGGUGGAGCGACAAGGGGCGUCUCAGGAAUUUAACGUAGCAGUGAGAAUCACCCCUCUCAAAUAUGCUCAGAUCUGCUACUGGAUAAAAGGAAACUUUGUGGACUGCCGAGAGGGAUGAGGAAGAGGUGGAGACUGAGGACGAGACACCACAGUCCUACAUCAUCAUCAAACAUCAUACUGAUAUAUUGGGGCCACAAGAAUCUUCAUUUCACACCACUACACAAGGCACUGAUGUAACUAGAGCUGCAACUAAUUUUUACUUCGAUUAUUUCUCGAUUCAUCGAUUAGUUGUUCGGUCUAUACAAAAAUGCAAAUAAGAAAGGUAAAAAUGUCUGUCAGUGUUUCCUCAAAUGUCUUGUUUUGUCCACAACCCAAAGAUAUUCAGUUUACUGUCAUAGAGGAGGAAAGGAAACAGACACUAUUCACAUUAAGGAAGCUGGAAUCUGAUCAUUUAGACAUUUUCUUAAAAAAUACAAACAAACACUGAAAUGGAUUUAAAAAUUCAUCAAAAUAGCUGGCGAUUACUACAACAACAACAACAGUUGAGAACUAAUCGAUGAAUUAUUGCAGCUUUAGAUAUCCAAUAUAAAAGCUUUGUUGCCACUAUCAGUGAAGUAAAAAUGCAGACAGAUUCAAUAAUGACACUAAAUUAAGUUUGUUUCAUUUAGUUUUGCAUCUUCACUCACAUUUCAAAAGUAUGAAAAGGCGACACUGGUGUUGGCUGGGGAGACGCCAUGUGGUUUGACGGAACAGAAGCAGGUUUAUCUGCUGCUUGGGACAUUUAUCUGGAUAAUAAUGUUAUCCGGAAGAUCAUCAGACCUGGAACGUGGACUUAUGAAGAUGUUUUGGAACAAGGGGCCCCUCAGAUAACAAGGAGCAGGAUGGUUCAAACUGUUUCACUAUAGCCUUUUUAUCGUGCUCAUACUAAAGAUUGCACUGUUAAAACUCUUGAAGUUUUUCUACUGAAACUGAUUAUUUGUGUGGAUGAAUGUACAAGUCAGCUACCAAAGGUGCCAACAGUUGAUCAUGUAUCUCCUGUCACUGGACACACUACUUAUCUAAAACCAUCGUGUACUCUGCCCGCUAAAUCAGCAGUGUUUUGGAGAGAAAGAUACUAAAUGUUUGCAGAUGACUCUUGCCACAGCUGCAGAUAACUUGUCAUAGGAAGCACAUGCUGUUGAAUGUUGUACUUUAAUGCUUAGCUCCCCCUGGUGGCAAAGAUCAAACAUUACAGGUAUCCUCAGUGAACAUUAAGCAGACUUAGAAUAGGCCUACAAUAAGCACUUUUUACUUCCUCCUCAUUUAACAUUUGUGAAAAUGCAUCAUUUGUGUUUUAGAAACAGACGCCUGCGGUGAUUUCAUGAAAUAUAUGCUUUGAAAUAAG